CAGUUAUUUGAUAGAGAAAUAAUAGAUACUUCGUAAAAUUAGUUGAAAUAUACACGGGAUAAUAUAUCAAGAGAUAAUAUAUCGAUAGAUAGUAAUAAAUACCUCAUAAAAAACUAAUUAAAAUGCAUCGUAUACAUAAUUGUGUCCUUUAACAAUCGACCUCAACUGAAAACAAUGCUCACCAACUUUGAGGGUAAACAAAAAAGACAUUUAAACUCAUAUAAAGUUAAACAAAUAAACACAUGUAGAGUGUUCUACAUGAUAAAAUUCACGUCCUACGUGGCACGGUGUCCUAUGUGUAUGAUUCCACAUAGAACGCAUAUAUGAUAUAUCUGCGUAUACAAAUUUAAGUACUUGCUUGUGCACAUCUAAAAUCGAGGAGCAUAAAUAACAGCUAAAUUCAAGUUUAAAGAGAAAUUUAUAUAUUAUACGUUAAACACACAUAAACUAACUCGAACACCAAAGUCAAAAGAGAUAAUUAUAUACUAUACAUUAAACACACACAAAUUGACUCGAACACCAAAGUUAAAAGAGAGAUUUAUAUAUUAUAUGUUAAACACACAAAAACUGACUCGAACACCAAAGUUAAAAGAGAGAUUUAUAUAUUAUACGUUCAACGCACACAAACUGACUCAACCACCAUCUACUAUUUAUAAUGCUAAUCCAUCUUACAAGAAACUUGUGUAGUCAACUAUUUCACCACUCCAAAACCAAAUCAAAGCCAAAAUAGAAAAAUGACACAAAUGAUUGAGACACAAAAUCUUGAAUCACCUCUUUCCACCAUAGAACCACCACAACACCUCCCAACAACCACCAACCCCACCACCCCCCAAAAAAACCACAAACUAACUCUCAUCCCAUUGAUCUUCCUCAUAUACUUUGAAGUAGCUGGUGGUCCAUAUGGUGAAGAACCAGCUGUUAAAGCAGCUGGCCCUUUACUAGCAAUUCUUGGAUUUCUGGUUUUCCCCUUUAUUUGGAGUGUACCAGAAGCCCUUAUUACAGCUGAACUUUCAACAACUUUCCCAGGUAAUGGGGGUUUUGUCAUUUGGGCUGAUAAAGCUUUUGGACCCUUUUGGGGUUCUUUAAUGGGUUCUUGGAAAUUCCUUACUGGUGUCAUAAAUAUUGCAUCUUUCCCUGUUUUGUGUAUUAGUUAUUUAGAAGAAAUUUUCCCAGUUCUUGAUUCUGGGGUUCCAAGAAAAUUAGCAAUUCUUGGUUCAACUUUGUUUCUAUCACUUGUUAACUAUACUGGAUUAACAAUUGUUGGGUAUGUAGCUGUUGCACUUGGGGUUAUUUCACUUGCCCCUUUUAUCAUAAUGUCAUUAAUUGCUAUACCAAAGAUUCAUCCACAUAGAUGGUUGAGUUUAGGUCAAAAGGGGGUUAAAAAAGAUUGGAACUUGUUCUUUAAUACACUUUUUUGGAACUUGAAUUUUUGGGAUAAUGUUAGUACUAUGGCUGGUGAAGUUGAAAAUCCAAGAAAGACAUUUCCUUUAGCACUUUUUUCUAGUGUAGUGUUCACUUGUUUAGGGUAUAUUAUACCACUUAUGGCUGUUACGGGGGCGGUAGACGUGGAUCAACGCGAUUGGGAUACAGGGUUUAUGGCUAACGCCGCGGAGAUGAUAUCAGGGAAGUGGUUGAAGUUUUGGAUUGAGAUUGGUGCUGUGUUGUCUACCAUUGGAUUGUUUGAAGCUCAAUUGAGUAGUUCAGCAUUUCAAAUUUUGGGUAUGGCUGAGAUUGCUUUUUUACCUAAGUUUUUUGGACUAAGGUCUAAAUGGUUUAAUACACCUUGGGUUGGGAUUGUGUUGUCAACAACUAUAUCACUUGGGAUGAGUUAUAUGGAUUUUCAAGAUAUUAUUUCUAGUGCAAAUUUCUUGUAUAGUUUAGGUAUGCUUUUGGAGUUUGCAUCAUUUCUUUGGUUGAGGAGGAAGUUUCCAUUGAUUAAAAGGCCUUAUAGAGUACCAAUGAGAUUGCCACUAUUGGUGAUUAUGUGUUUGAUUCCAUGUGGUUUUUUGGUAUUCAUCAUGGCUAUAGCAACAAAGCUUGUGUAUUUGAUUAGUGGAUUGAUGACUAUUGGAGGAAUUGGAUGGUACUUUUUGAUGAAUUUUUGUAAGUCAAAGAAGUUGUUGAAGUUCAAUGAUAAGGUAGAUGAUACAUAUAUUGAGUAAAUGUAAUCAAUAGGGAGGUAGUUGGUGUAUGACUUUUAUCUUCUUUUUUUUUUUUUUUUUU